AUGGAAGAAGUUGCAAAUUCCGAUUCACCUGGUCCCUGGUCACCUAGUCCACCUGGCUCUGCUCCUUACCCUGCUUCUUCGGCGGUUAGCACCGCCAGCUCCCCAGAGUAUAACGAGAGUGAAUUUUCCGAUACCUCCCAAGGCUCUCAACAGCACAGCCCUGAGCUAAGUAGUAGCUCUGCAUCUAUAGCGACAUUCUCUCGUACCCUAUCUUCUAUGUCGUCUAGCGACGCAGAGACCUUUCUAGACCUUCUCACCCGACACUACGCCAACGACCAUCACUUUCCUGGCGUAGACGCUGGAGGGGUUAACGACCUGUUAAUCAGCUCCUACGAUCCCGACCUCGAUCACGAAUCUGGCGACCUCGGUAUGUUUAACGGUUACGAUUCGGAUGAAGAAAGCCUGUUCGUUCGAGACCACACGGGCCGUGGGGUCGGUGGCAACAAUAUCGAUUUGGCCGGCUCUAGAAAUAGCACUAGGGCGCCUAGUAUAAACGCCUGGGACGAGAGUUCGGUAGAGAGCCUUUUCGAGCACAACCAGUUUCCAGCAGGAAUGAACCGCACCAGACAAGCUGCACCCCGGCGCGAUGAGUUGGUAGAAAUGGAGAUGGAGGACCGAAGAAGCCCCGGGAUUCGACAGAGACAGCAGAGGCAACGGCCGCUUAGGGCUCAGCCGGACGUGAUUGAUCUGACAGGCGACGACGGAGGGCCCUCGAGUCCUGUUCAACCCAUCCCUCGACGUGUCUUCCAGAGUGCGCUCCGACGACGCUCACAACAGCGAAGCACCCCUCCGAGACUAGCCCGUAGCGACACCAGUUACGUAGGAGCUCGCGAGGUUAUCGACCUCAUCUCCGAUUCGGACGACGGAUCUGCCCCGGCAACAGCUGCGAGGAGAAACCCAGGUGCUGUCAGGCGCGUGGGAAGUCAUCGCCGGUCACUCGAGAGGGCGUCAGAACUACGAGACCAGCCGCGUCCACGACUACCACAACCACAAAUACCACCGCAGCUACCACAACCAGAAUUCACCAGCUUAACCAACCGUAACCCUUUCCAUCAUAUCCAACACUUCAUCCACAACUUUCCCAUAUUCCGACUCAUCAAUAACCCCACAGCUAUGGGAGAUAACCACGACGACGAAAUCGUCAUGCUCGGUCAUCACAACCUUCUACCCGCGGCACUGCCACCAGCCAACCUCCCCCCAGUUCACCUUGAUUAUAUCGCCCAUCCUUUCGCGCCCCCCCCUGCAUCUGCCGGCCCUUCCGCAAAGCCCGCUCAUGAGCCUCCGAAGGAAACUCGACCAGGCUUCACGAGAAAUACGGGCGAGGACGUAGUUGCCAUAUGCCCUAGCUGCGACCAAGAGCUAGCCUACGAUCCAGAUGGCGAUGGAGGCGACCCAGCUACUCCGGCUAAGAAGCAUCGCACCAAGAAAGACAAGGCAGAGCAUCACUUCUGGGCCGUCAAAGCUUGCGGACAUGUUUAUUGUAAGAAAUGCUUCGACAACCGCAAGCCCGUUGGGAAGAACCCGAUUGUCGUGGGCUUCAAGCCGGACCCUAAAGGCACCAAGAAUAAGGUACUCUGCGCCGUCGAGGAUUGCAGCUCAGAUGUAAGCUCGAAAACCAGUUGGGUUGGCAUCUUCAUGUGA